UUUACUCUUGGCCUAGCCAGCUGGAUUCCAGGAAGAUAUGGCUGUCAGUCCAAGUUGGCUGGCCUGGUGCAUUUUCCAAAGGGCCAAGUCCAAAGCAGUAUUCCUGGAGCAGGGACUUAACCACCCUCCUAUUUCUCCCUCACAGAUGCUCAUUUUUAUUAAUAAAUGCCGAGGUUAGAGCAUUGGGGCUAGCUGAUUUUGCACAAGCUGGAGCUGCAGCCUAGAUGGUUUCCUCAAAGCUUGUGAGUUAUUUGCAGCAGAAACAGUAACGGUGGGGCAGAUUGGACCCAACCUAUCAAGGGCUUACCGGCAAUUUGGCAGGUGUGUGUGUGUGUGUGGUGGAGGAAAGCAUAUUAUACAACUGGCCUCUCACUCUGUGGUGGUGUCUGCUAAAUCUAGCUUGUCAGCAGAGUGGAAUCAAAGACAAUUACAAGGUGUGAGGACGGUGCCUAUAUAACAGAAACAUUUUCCCUCCUUCCCCUAAACAACCAUGUCCAGGAGGCAGAACCAAUUCAACACCAUGAGACUCUCUGAAACUCUUGCAUCUUUAAUGAUCUGCAUCCACAAUAGUCUGCAUUUUACUGCAGGUCAAGAAAGGACACUGCGCUUCGUGACAUUGAUAUAUCGACACGGUGACCGGUCCCCCCUUGGCACAUACCCUACAGAUCCCCACAAAGCAGCAGUCUGGCCACAGGGUUUCCAGCAGCUCACCAAGAUAGGUAUUUUGCAACAGAAGGCGCUUGGAAGGUUCCUGAGGGAGAAAUACGAUGGAUUUUUGAGUGCUGCCUACAAACCACAGGAGAUAUACAUUCGCAGCACAGAUUAUGACCGCACUAUCAUGAGUGCCCAAGCCAACCUAAUGGGACUCUAUCCAAAUUUGGAUCCAGAGACUGGCUGGAGUCCUGUCCCCAUCCACACAGUGCCAAUUAAAUAUGAUAAGCUGCUGAAAUCGCCAACCCGGACCUGCCAUCGAUACCAACAGCUAAUGGAAGAGACAAUUAAUUUGCCAAGCUAUCAGGCUAAAAUGAAAGGCUGGAAGGGCUUCAUAAAAGAGAUGAGUAAUUACACGGGACUUAAACUGGAGCAGCUCACUCUGCGGGGUCUUUGGAGAGUACAUGACUCUCUUUUCUGUCAGAAAAUGCACAACCUGACCUUGCCUAGCUGGGCCACACCACAGGUCCUGACUACUCUUGCAGAGAUAGAAAUAUUCAAUGUCGAGGCUCAUGUGGGAAUGUAUGCCACUCAGGAGAAGGCUCGAUUCACUGGAGGAUUGCUACUGGGAGCUAUCCUGAGCAACUUCUCCAAAAUUGUGUGCCGAGAUCUGCCUCUCAAAAUGGUGAUGUAUUCUGCUCAUGACAGCACCUUGAUUGCUUUGCAUGGAGCCCUGGGCCUUUAUAAUGGUCACCCGCCACCCUAUGCUGCCUGCCAUGGAUUUGAGUUCUACCAGGAAAGCAAUAACUCGUUCAGUGUAGCUAUGUUCUACCGGAACACAAGUGAUCAACCACCUCACGUAUUAGCCCUUCCUGGCUGCUCCACACCUUGCCCACUACCUCGUUUCAUUCACCUCACACGUCCUGUUGUCCCACAUGAUUGGGAUGCUGAAUGCCAAAAUCCUCGAAAAAGCACAGGACGCACAGUAACCUCUCUGGCUGUAGCAGUAGGUCUGCUAAGCAUGGCGCUAAUUGGAAUGGGGAUUUUGUACUGGAGAAGGUAAUGGGAAAAAAGCUCAUGACAACAAUCAUAAUUUCCCAUAUGUAAAUAUACAAAGACAGUCUUUGUGCAUUCUGCAAAGUGGAUUGGAACCUAAAAGCUCUUACACAGCCUUCCUGUCUGGGAGCUCAGAGAAGUCUAUCUGGAUAGUAGUAUCAAUAGCAUUGGCAAGUGUCAUUCAGGGCAGGGAAUUAGUAGGAAAGGGCCCAGAAAAGGAAAAACAAAAACCACAGAUUUGUAGUACACUCAGUACAGAGAUAACUGUUAAUACCACUAGUGAGAACUACCAAGGGCAGCUAGCUAACUAUAACUCAGACCGAGAGCACUUAAAUUACAUAUUACCCUAACUCUUUCCAGCAAGAUGUAAUUCUUAAUCACCUACAGCAUUUAGGAAAGGUUUGCUUUCCAUUUCAGUAAGGAACUUGCUCUAACAAAAAGGUCUUUUUUAGCAAUUUUCAAACUCAAAAUUCUAAUGCUUUGGGGGGAGGGGGGCUUCAUGUACACAUCCAGGAAGAGAAACUGUUUUAAAAACAAACUAAUGUGAGUGUUGUACUACAAUUUUUAAAGUAUAUUUACAAGGUAGCUUGGACACAGAUGCAUUGUUUGUUGUAACAUUUUAUUUAAGAUCAUAAGUAUUGCACAGAAUGUGACUGUCCUAAACACUUACAAUCCAAACUUGUUUCUCCCCACCCAAAAGCAGAGUCUGAGAAAAAUAACCCGAGUUGAGAGGUAACUCACACCUCACUAUCCAGAUGGGCUAAACAGCUGAUAGGUAAUAUUACAGCUGGAUAAGCAUUCAAGCAAGAUUUAGAUCCGCAGGCAGAGGCGGGAAAUAUAAAUAAAAAUUAUUAUAUGAAUCACUUUAGUAUACUGUAUCCUUCACAGUGCGCAGACCCACCUUGAUGCAUGUAGCAAGCAAGGUCCUGCCACCCUGUACCAUUUGGCUUUUAAAUUGGGAGGGAGGCUUUGGACCACCUGACAACCAGUAGCACACCCUCAUUUUCCUGUAGUGGAAGAUAGUGUCUUAAGACUCCUCUUCCUACCUCCCACAGGAGGCAGAACUAGGCUUUAUGGAGUUCUGCUUAUCCUCUGCCCUUUUCAGUAGUUUGCUAAUUCUAAGUAGUAUCCAGGACAGUUCCAGGUAUCCUGGGAUUAGUGGCCAAGACAGUUGAAGGAGAACACAGCAUCACCACCCCAAUUUACCUACUGUAAAAGAACUGCCAGCUGACUCAGUGUUCUGUUCCCAACAGCUUCCCCUUCUCAAUCAGGAGGAUAUUUUUUUAACCUUAGCCACAAGUUGGGAAGUCAGAUAGGCUCAAUACUAGCUGAAGAUGCCUCCUCGCAUAUCCAGUGAGACUCUCCACCAUGCUAAAGAUCCCACCUGGUACAAGUAAUGAAGGGUGGAAAAUGAAGCUUAACGAAAGGCAGACAACAUAAAAAACCAAACAGAACAGAAACACCCUUCAGUGGAUUUAUGGUAAUCCAAGAAACUCUUUCGAAGUCAUACUUCCUCCUGCAAGGACAACUCAUCCACUUGGGUAUCUUCCGUCUUUCAGAGAGAUGUGGCCAGACAACUUGGCUGAGGCUAAAUGUGAAGAAACAUGCAGCAUGCAUUAGCAUCACAGCACUUAAGAAGUUAGUAAUAAACCACAAGCCAAUACCUCCACCAGAUACAGGCAUAUCUUCAGAAAGUACAGCAACAGAACUAAGCUAAUUACAGCAAGCUUCUCAACCUGGUACCGUCCCCAUGCAACUUAACACACUGGAAGUGCACCAGGUUGGAAAUGAGACAGAUGUUAUAUGAACAUAAGUGGACAUUAUAUUCAUGAUUGAUUAUGCAAUAAUAUGUUUUGGGAUGUGUAUGCAACUUUUCACUAUCUUCUUUACAUUUGAUUGACAUACAGCUUUGCCUCCAUACCUCUAAAAGCUGUGAGGACACACGAUUCUGCUCCCUGCCUACACAGAAGCACAAAAUGAUAGUGUCUUUUUAAACUAGUUAUGACCAUGUUGGUUGGGAUUCUGGGACUUGUACUGAAAAAAGGAACUUUUCCAGGCUGUGCUCACAUACUACUAAAGAACAAGAGUGUUUUAGAUGCAAAAGGAGCACAACUAAAUAUGCAUGCUCAGAACCCCUCAGUCUCCUGGAGUGUCAAGUCUCCAGAAGGCACCAAAAUCAUCACAGUGGUCGGAGCCCAGUGCUGACAUCAUUGGGGUAUCCCCUGCACUUCAUGCUUGCUAUCCAAGCUCCUUGAAAUUUUUCUUCCAACACUUAAUCUUGAAAUUGCCUCCUCUUUCACCCAUUAGCAGAACACUGAACAGCCCUACUCACCUUGCGUGCUCCAUAUGGUAGUCAUAUGCACCUUGGUGUGCCAAUCAUCCUGGGAACAGGGCGAUAUACCUUACCGCUGGAGUCACCUAUCAGGAAUGAUACUAUAUUACUUAGGACUCAGAAAUUAACAUAGUUACUGUGUCAUUAGCUUUGUAUUCCUCAGACUAUUUUAUCAUGCAGAUCAUCAAUAUUUUCCCUAAUGUCCCAGGGGAUGCAUUUGUGUCAUUGGUUAAAAAUGUUUAUUUCCUGGAAACCAGUUGCAUUUCUUGGCAGUCAGUGGCUCAUGGUUCAGCAAUGGUCUACAGACCACGUUUAACUACACUGCGUUGUAUCAGUCCACUUCAAAUUCUGCCACACAUCCAUGACAGGAUGGCAGAAGGGUAUGAAGAAAAAUGGCUACCUUCUCCAAGACAAUCAAAAUCCAACUGUGGGGGAUGGAAGAGGACCAGAAGGGAAAAGAGUGGGCUUUUCACCUCCCAGAAUUGCCCAAUCUUUGCAUUUUCCUCCUCAGCAAAAAGGCCCAUCUUUCAGAGUCACAGAUGCCUAUUUUAGUUGUACACCUAUGUUCACACAUUGAACACCCCAGUAAGAACCCUCCAUAAGAGGCUCUCAGGGAUAUGUGUACAGGAAUGGGGGAUUUACUCUUUAACCCCUGGGUUACCGAGAGAACACUGUACUAACCCCCCAUUUAGGAUCAACCCUAACCCCCAAUUUCAACCUGCCAGGUUCAGGGAUUCUGCUCCUCAGUCCCCCAUGAUGUCAAAGGCAUGGGGGGCACUGUUAUCAUCACAGGAAUUGUCUGUGCCCAGUGCUCACAUCACUGGAGGAACCCUGUUGCAAUUUACACGCAACAAUGCUUCCCCCUCUAUCAAAUUUAACUCUAUCUCAAGAAAGGUAAAUACUGAGAAGAAUGAGGCAACUGACAAUUGUCUACAACUCACAAUAUCUGCUCUGGGAUUGCUGCUUUUCCACUCCCACAACAGCAGCCAUAUUCCCCAGUGAUCACCUGAAUUGCAGAGGACUUCCAUAUUAUAUUCUAUAGCAAUGAUUGAACCUGUUAGAUCUCACUGUGAUACUGCAUGCAUUGAAUGCUCAUUUUAGGAAAUCUCAAAUGCAUACAACUCCAUAGUUGUAGGUCAACACUGGCUAUGAUGUUUUACCCAACAUGCCCACCUCUUCAGAACCUUUUUAAAAUAUAAAACCUUUUUAAGGACCUCAAGAUUUUUCAAAAUGAUUUCAAACUAGGCUCAGCACCACUCACCUGGUACAACAAGGUGAAAGGAUGGCUGGAGGCAUGAUACAGAUGCUCCAUUUUGAAAGGAAAGCAGAAAGAAUACCUAUGCUCCUGUAGGAAGAAAAAUAAUUGUUAAUAAAAUAAGUCCAAAUGCUUGA